AUGCCGGUCGAAGGAUCACAGUUCCACUCGCCGUUUGCCUCGCCGAACGCGAUUCCGCCCCGCACCAGUUCGCACGGCAUCUUCAACGGUGUAAAGCAUCGCCCCAGCGUCCUUCGCCCCCUCUCCGAGACAGACUGGAUGAGCUCGAGUAAAAAGUCAAAACACUCCCACUCCCCGUCUGACUCGACGAACGCCAACCCCGUCGCAGCCAUGAACUCGAACGACAACCCAUCGCAAGAUGCGAACAUGACCUCCGGCGCAGACACGAACAUGACAUCGAACGCAAACCCUCAAUCGCAUGUGCAUACAUACCCGCCGCCGCUCUCGCCGCCCUCCCCGAACCCUCUCAACGGCGUCGGCGAGGACCUGAUAUACAACAACAGUGCGAAAUGGACGGAAGAGAAGGAACGUAUAUUGCUGGGACCCUAUGACUAUCUUUACGGACACCCGGGCAAGGACAUUCGCAGCCAACUCAUCGCUGCAUUCAAUGCGUGGCUGCAGGUUCCUCCAGAGAGGUUGGAGAUCAUAACCCGGGUUGUCGGAAUGCUGCACACCGCAUCACUAUUAGUCGACGAUGUCGAAGACUCCUCCGUCCUGCGCCGCGGCAUCCCAGUCGCCAACAGCAUCUUCGGCGUCGCGCAGACGAUAAACUCCGCCAACUACGUCUACUUCAAGGCGCUGCAAGACCUCGCCCUCAUGAACAACCCAAAAGUAAUCCAGAUAUACACCGAAGAGCUACUGAACCUGCACCGCGGGCAAGGCAUGGAUCUAUACUGGCGAGACAGCCUCACAUGUCCGAGCGAAGCCGACUACCUCGAGAUGGUCAGCAACAAGACAGGCGGACUCUUCCGCCUCGCCAUCAAGCUCAUGCAGGCCGAGAGCUCCGUGAACGUCGACUGCGCCCCCCUCGUCUCCGCCGUAGGCCUCCUCUUCCAAAUCCUCGACGACCACCUCAACCUCUCCUCCACGUCCGGCUACUCCAACCUAAAAGGCAUGUGCGAAGACCUGACCGAGGGAAAAUUCAGCUUCCCGGUAAUCCACGCCAUCCGCGCCGACCCCUCCAACCUCGUCCUCAUGAAUAUCCUCAAGCAGAAGACCAGCGACGAGGAGGUGAAGCGCUACGCCGUGGCGUACAUGACCAAGAUGGGCAGCUUCGAGUACUCGGAGAAGAUCAUCGGGGAGUUGCGCGCGAAGAGUGAUGAGCUGAUUAAUCAGGUGCAGGCGGCGAUGGGAGAGAGCGGGGAUAAAGGCGCUGCGGCGUUGAGGGCGGUGUUGCAGAAGUUGGUGUUGAGGUGA